UACACAUUAGGUAUGUGACUUUAACCAUAUAGCACUUAAUGAUUGAGUUUUUUAUUGUUGUUUGUUUCACAAUCAUAUAUAGCUGGGAAGAGGAAGGAGUCUCCUCCUUUACGUAAAUUCUCUUUAAAGCAAGCAUUCAUCUCCAUCGAUCUACGAACAUGGCUCAUCAGCACCAUGUUGUGUUGCUGGCGGUGAUGAUCAUCAUGCUCUCCGCCAUGGCUGACACCGACUCAUUCAUAUUCGGAGGAUGCUCUCAGGUGAAGUUCAUGCCGGGUUCACCCUACGAGAACACCGUAAACUCCCUCUUAACCUCGCUCAUCAACUCAGCCACCUUCACCAACUACAACAACUUCACCAUUCAGCCAACUCCCUCUUCCUCCUCCACCGUCUACGGCCUCUACCAGUGCCGCGGCGACCUCUCCAACGACCGCUGCUCCCGCUGCGUGGAGCGUGCCGUCAGUCAGCUGGGCACGCUCUGCCUGGACGCAUGCGGCGGCGCGUUGCAGCUGGACGGAUGCUUUGUCAAGUACGAUAAUGUCAGCUUCUUGGGAGUGGAAGACAAGACUGCGGUGAUGAAGAAAUGUGGACCGUCCAUUGGGUUGACCUCAGAUGCGAUGACCAGGCGGGAUGAGGUGCUGGCGUAUUUGGAGACGUCAGAUGGGAGCACCUAUAAGACGUACAGGACGAGUGGGUCGGGGAAUGCGCGGGGUGUGGCACAGUGCACGGGAGACCUCAGCCCAAGCGAGUGUCAGGAUUGCCUCUCUGAUGCAAUCCAACGGUUGAAAAUGGAGUGCGGAGCAUCCACGUGGGGUGACAUGUAUCUCGCCAAGUGCUACGCGCGAUACUCGGAAGGUGGCAGGUACUCGCGCAACAGUAACGAUGAUAGCAAUCACAAUGAUGAUGAAAUUGAGAAGACACUAGCCAUCCUAAUUGGUCUCAUAGCUGGUGUUGCUCUAAUAAUCGUUUUCCUUUCCUUCUUGUCCAAGGUCUGCGAAAAGCACAAAGGUGGUAAAUAAAUAAAGAAUGCUUUUUCCUUGGUAAAAUUAUUAGUCUUUCGGUGGCUCUUUUUUGUUACUAUUCUUCUAUAGUCCUUUUCAGUCUCUCUACUUUUCC